GCGUCCAGCAUCUGCUCACAGCUACCAAAACAGACACCUCUGGCCCAGCCGUUUGCACCCUCAGCUCAGGCAAUGUCAUCUUCAGACAGCCACACAGAUGGGAAAAUUUAUCCAGAGUGCUGCAAAGACCUGGCUGAAUCCCACACAGAGCUAGAAGCAAAAUGCCCCAGGCUGUCAGAUUCUGGCCACGUUUCUUUGGCUUCCAACCAUUCAGGUUCAACAAUUAAGCCCUUUGCCCCUAAUAAACAUUUUAUUCGGGACACAAACCAGCAGAUUCUAGUCCUGCAAGGCAGAACCCUUGUGGCAGUUCCAGACAAACUCAGCAAAUGUGGAGAGAUCUUUUAUGUAUCAACUUUACCCAAAAGAAAAGCCAGUGGCUCAACGGCAAAUUAUAUUGUUUUGGCUGUAUGUAAGGGAAAACUCUAUCUCUGCUGUAAUAGAGUCAAAAAGCCAAAGCGUCCUUCAUUAGUAUUAAAGAAAAUUAAAGAUCUGAGUUCAUUGAGCCGUGAGAAGCUCCUGCCCUUCACCUUCCUGAAGCAAAAGUCUGGCUCCUACUUCACACUGGAAUCAGCUGCUAAUCCUGGCUACUUUGUGUGUACCUGCAGCAUACCCAGGCAACCUGUGGGUGUGACGAAGGAGCUGGGAAAACAGAAAAAUACUCAUUUUGAAUUUGUAAAUGCAAAUGUGGAUCUCAGUGAGAUGGAAGCCUGAAAAUGCAACAGGAUAGUGGCCAGACCAGCUAUGACAGCAGGAUUUGGUCUUAGGCUGACACCGAUCAAAAAAAAAUUUUUUUUUCUCUGUAUAAGUGCUAUCUGCAA